UCUCUCUCUCUCCAUAAGCCCCCUCGUGUCUUCAUCUCUGUCAUUAGAAAUCUCUCAAUGAACAAUAUACUCAACAGGAUGGGUUUGGGAUCAAGUGGGCAAAGCAAUAUGGAUCCUUCUCCGAUAGCUCAGGGGAAAGACGAUGACGCUCCGUCACCGGCGAAUAAGUUUGCCCAAUUUGGUGCUGGUUGUUUCUGGGGUGUUGAGCUGGCGUUUCAGAGAGUUCCAGGGGUGACUCAGACUGAGGUUGGGUAUACACAAGGGAUCAUACACAAUCCUUCAUACGAAGAUGUCUGUAAAGGAACCACGAGACAUACCGAGGUUGUUAGGGUUCAGUAUGAUCCUAAUGAUUGCAGUUAUGAGUCUCUGCUUGAUUUGUUCUGGUCUAGGCAUGAUCCCACCACUUUGAAUCGUCAGGGAAAUGACGUGGGAACCCAAUACAGAUCUGGGAUAUACUUCUACACUCCUGAGCAGGAGAAACUAGCCCGCGAGUCACUGGAACGUCACCAGCAACAAAUGGAGAGGAAGAUCAUGACUGAGAUCUUACCAGCUAAAAAAUUCUACAGAGCUGAAGAUCAACAGCAGCAGUACCUGUCAAAAGGUGGCCGGUUCGGCCUCGGGCAAUCUUGUGCCAAAGGCUGCAACGACCCAAUCCGCUGCUACGGGUAAAAAAGUGUUUCCCUCUGCUUCGCUCCCAAAACAGAGGAUUUAGCGUUUAGGGACCGUUGUGUGUCAAGAUUUAUGUAACUACUACUUAUGGAAUUUUAUUUCCAGUGUUACAAUAAUAAUGAUGUUACACUCUAUGAACAUAAAUCAAACAUAAAAAGAUUGUACAAUCGAAAACUCAUUAUAAUUGUCUAA